AUGGUGACGAUAGUGAUCAUGAUAGUACUAUCCUUCUUCAUCCACUUCCCUCCUCUUCUUCCAAAACUUCAGCCUGAAACCAUUCCCCCGGGAGAACUGAGCCCGAGUCCUCCUCUCCCAACUCUCCUGCCGAGUGGUAAAUCGAACGUCCUGGGGUGGGGGUAACACCUCCGUCGCAAAAACCCCACUAGAACCCGGGUCGUCCAGCGCAUUCGCACUAGAUCCACGUCUCGAUCCCCCUCCUCCCCCUCCACCGCCGCUUCCGGCGGUGGCACCCAUGAAGCUCCCACAACUCCCAGGAGUGGGGGCGCCGGCGGCCCACACCGCCGACCCCCCAGGCGAUCGCGGGAAUACGAAGCCCCCGGCGCCGACACCACCGCUACCGAGUUGUUCCAUAUUGCUCUGCCGGCCGGGACGGCUCUGGGUGAUUUGCCGCUUCGCCCAUUUUCGGAUGGGGACGGCGAAGGCGUAAAAGAGGAUUGGGACCGUUACUACAAGGAAGGCGAGGAUGAAGAAGGGGUAGUUUUUCUUCCACCUUGGAGCUGUCAGCAAUGUAUAUAUAUGGAAGAGGAAGGGGAGAGAGGUGACAAACCAAGAUCUGGCCCUCGUGGCCUGGUCCGCUGCGCUUUUGGCCUGCUCAUUGUCUGUGGUGUCCGUCCCGUUACCAUUGGCGGAUUGAGUUAUGUUCCCGUUCCCUCCUCCCCCUCCUCCAGUUCCAGUUCCUGUUUCCCCCGUUCCUGUUCCCCCCGUUCCUGUUCCUCCUGUUCCCGCUCCUCCUGUUCCUGUUCCUGUUCCUGUUCCUGUUCCUGUUCCUGUCCCUGUUCCUGUUCCCGUUCCUGUUCCUGUUCCUGUUCCUGUUCCUGUUCCUGUUCCUGUUCCUGUUCCUGUUCCUGUUCCUCCUGUCCCUCCAUUACCGCUUCCACUGCCAACACCACCACAAGUCCUCCCCAACCACUCCCCAACCUUCACUCUCCCACCCCCCCAAUCCCCACAAGCAUUAUCGCAGCCCACCCACCCACUACCACCACCCUGUACCCACCCCACCUUUAAACAAAAGCACUUCACCUCAUCACCGCCGGCGAAGCCUAAGCAAUCGAACUGUGCGGCCCACAGCGGCUUGCAAUCGUACGCGCAUCCGGGCAGCCCUGUUGUCUCAUUGAACACCAGGAUCUCUGCCAGUGCUAGGUUUGCUGGGAGGAAGAGGAGGGGAAGGUGGUGGAGGUGA